AACAUCCGGCAACAGGUUUGAAAACUUGUGCAUUCGCCGGACUUGUCGGUUGGUAGUUGCCAGUUAGGAUACGGUGUGCCGAAGCGUUUCCCCGGCACAGGUAUUAAACGCUGGCUGUGAUGUCUCCAGACGUGCGUUAACCGACUGGUCCGACGAAGUGACGACGACCGCCGAAGCCGCACCGGAAAGGGAAACGAUUGUGGGGGAUAAAUUGGUGGUGUGAAACAGCGUCGACCGGUUAGGCCUAGCAAGCCCUGCUGCAGCCGCCGGUUCAGUCGACAUGGGUUGUGCUGUGAGUACCGCCGCCGACAAGGAGGCUGCCGAGCGCUCCAAAAAGAUCGACAGGGACCUUCGUGCUGAUGGCGAAAGACAAGCGAGGGAAGUCAAGCUCCUGCUGCUGGGUGCUGGGGAGUCUGGGAAGAGCACCAUCGUUAAACAAAUGAAGAUAAUCCACGAGUCUGGCUACACGGCGGACGAGUGCAAGCUCUACCGGCCCGUAGUUCACAGCAACACUAUCCAGAGCCUGCUGGCCAUCAUCCGUGCCAUGGGGCAGCUCAAGAUCGACUUCAAGGACCCCAGUCGAGCGGAUGAUGCCCGCCAGUUCUUCACGGUGGCAGGAGCGACAUCGUCGCAGGAGUGCGAGAUUACAACCGAGCUGGCCUCUCUGAUGAAGCGCCUCUGGCAGGACCCAGGGGUCCAGCACUGCUUUGCCCGCUCGCGCGAGUACCAGCUCAAUGACUCGGCCUCAUACUACCUGAACGCUUUGGACCGCAUCUCAAUGCCAAGCUACACACCAACACAGCAAGAUGUGCUACGAACACGAGUCAAAACAACGGGCAUCGUUGAGACGCACUUUGUCUUCAAAGAGUUGCACUUCAAGAUGUUUGAUGUGGGCGGCCAGCGGUCUGAACGGAAGAAGUGGAUCCACUGCUUUGAAGGGGUGACAGCCAUCAUCUUCUGUGUGGCCCUGAGUGGCUAUGACCUUGUACUCGCCGAGGAUGAGGAAAUGAACCGGAUGAUCGAGAGCAUGAAGUUGUUUGACUCCAUCUGCAACAAUAAGUGGUUUGUGGAGACUUCCAUCAUCCUCUUCCUCAACAAGAAAGACCUCUUUGAGGAGAAGAUCACCCGCUCACCACUCACCAUCUGCUUCCCCGAGUACACAGGCAGCAACACUUAUGAAGAAGCGGCCGCCUACAUACAAAUGAAAUUUGAGUCACUGAACAAGCGCCGGGAUACCAAGGAGAUCUACACGCAUUUCACAUGUGCCACUGACACCAACAACAUCCAAUUUGUGUUUGACGCUGUGACAGAUGUCAUCAUCAAGAACAACCUGAAGGACUGUGGCCUCUUUUGAAUGCCUUCCAACUCCACAAAAAAAGCAUUGUGUCAGUGAUGCACCUCGAUGACAGGAGGCGCGAGCCGGCCAAUUGUACCCUUGCCAAAACUGGAUGGUGACCUGCUCUGCACAUCUCGUGCACCAGGUGUUCUCGUCAGGAAAGUGGACUGCCGUUCGGCAGAACAGGCGGGUGGCAAAUGCCGCCAGAUGGCAGGGUUUCACGCUUGGCACGUAACUUGAGUCUAGGCCCUGCUGUCACUUGGCCGAUAUUUGCAUUUAUGUCUUGUGUUCAGUAGUCACAGCCACACAUCUUUCUUCUAGACUAUUCUUUUUUUUUCUUGCUUUCAAGCUUGCCAUGCAAAAAAAAAAAUACAAGACCUGGUUCUCUUGUGGCAAUAUUUCACUGUGGCAUGGCAUUUAUUUUACUAUUGUUUUGGUUAUUUUUUGUAAGGGGUCGUGCUUUGCCACACUGUUUGUGUGUGUUUUUUUUUUUUUUAGUUGCGAGGAAAAUGCUUAGCCUUCACAUUGGUUUCGCUACCUUCCUCUCUGCCAGUGUGCUGUUUGACACACGACGAGGAAGUCCUUUGCUUUGUGCAUUCCUCGUGGUGUGUGAUGACCUGUCCCCUGUAAUGCUGGCACUCAGUGUCAUACCUGCCAAGAGUUCCAGAUUAGCCGUACAGUAUACAGAUUUCGGCCAUCUUGUGAAAGCUUGUCCCCCAAAUCAGACUUUCAGAUUCUCGUGCACUAAGAGUGCCAUUGGUAUAGCCACAUACAAGAAAGGGUGCAGCUGCCCAAACUGUCAUUGCUAUCACCAAAUCAUGAUGUGAUUGUACCGCUGCUAUUUCAGCGACAUGGCUAAGAGAAUUUUUGUGUGCUUUGCUGCUGCUGCCAAAGCACACCUCACCAAAUGCAAUGUUGUAGAUAGGUGGCCUGAUUCAGUUAAACUAUUAUAUAACAUUAUAUGAACUUUCUAAUCAAGUUGUGUCCAACAUGAAAAUGCCUUCAUUAUAUUCAGUAUUCACUACAAGCAUAUAUUUGUUACAUUCUGAUACCAGCUAGAAAAAGUAUCUAUUUACUUUCAAAUACCUGAUGUUAUGUAUGGGUUUGGGUACAUCAAGGUUUGACUGAAUGUGGACUCUGGGAUUCACAAUGUCUGCACUGGCACAUACUGUGUUGACAAUGUCGGAGGCCUGCUUUUAAAGGCCUAACUAUAUGUAUGUGAUUUUCAAGCGACAUGUUUGACCAUUGUAGAUCAUAGUCUGUUGCUAUUGUUUGUGGUGCUGCCAGUUUUUUACCUGCAAGACCAUUUUACUAGCUGUCACCUGGAAGUUCAUGCAGUGGCUUCCACUGGUUGCCUCGAUUGCGUAACGACAUGACAAUGCUCAGACCGCUUGCUUCUAUCCACAUUCGUCCUUGCUACUUGCUCUCUAUCGUGACAGCACAAAAUAAAUUGUAAAAUCAUCCUAUGCUUAGUCAAAUUCCAUGCUGAGGACAAGGUAUUGGCUAUCAUUUGAUGUUAUUUUUUAUAUCUCCUGUAUGUUUUGACCUUGCUAGGCCUAAGGUAGCACUGAACAGCAAAAGUAUGUUGAUUUCUACCAAGCAGAUAGCAUGACAGCAUUUAACGUUGGUCAUGCAAAACACUUUUCCACUGCAAGAUUACAGUAGAUUUAGUGCACUCACGUUAAAAUAUUGAUUUUACUGGAUGUUUGCAAUUUUGUGGGACUGUGCGAUUGUAUUUAACUGGGCAACAGUGGAAAUUCAUUGUUGCUGCUUUUCAUGACGAGGUGUUCGUGUGGCUCCCUUGUACUUCGGUGUGCCACCACUUCAUCACUUAAGUAUUGUGUGGCUGUGCUUGGCCCUUUUUAAUUGCUUCCUCUUAAACUGCCGUGCUGGCAUUGAGGCACCUCGUUUCGAGGCGGCUCAGCGCCUUCUAUUCUGUAGGGCUCACUGCUGUUUUAAGACUGGCAGCAGCACAAUUUAAUGAUGACCGUCUAUGUUCUUUCCUGCCUCAUUAUUUGUGAUUGUAAUUGUCACUUUUUAUAGUACACAGGGACAGUUCACUGUGAUAAGGGUCAACUAAAUUAAUCAGGUUGUUCAAAUGAUAAAUGGUAUUGCUUUCUUUUUCCGUGCUUUUAAUUGCCUCUCACUCGCUGUUCAGCUCUCUAAUUCUGAUGUCUGGAACUUGGCAGGUAUGCAGUGUAUUGUUGUAUUAGAUUGCAAGGACAGUAACUUUCCAUCUGUCAGUUGAACCCUUUGAAACAAACAGUGCCUUUCCUGACUGAGCUUCUUGAGAGGUUGUGCGUGUGUGUGUGUGUGCGACAAUGUUCUCCACUACUUGCCAGGCAUUGUUUGUGGGCAAAGACCCUGCUUUAAUUACAUUAGUCAUUUGCACUUGCAAAGUAAUGGUCAAUUUUUACAAAGGGCAGACGUUGUAACCCAGUUGUUGCGAGCCUACAGGCCAUGGUGGGUUUUCUGUAUGCAGUAGGCUUGGGGCACAUUUUUAUCGGGCUAUUCUGACAUCAAAUUUUACUGUAAAUUUUGAAGUGUUCAGACUUUUCGUCAUUAACAGUAAGGAAGCAAUUGUUACUUUGUGACUAUACUUGCCAUUUUUCUUGGCACCAAACUUUGCUAACAAGCAUCUCACCUUUGCCACUUUGUGCCCUACGUUGUCUCGGAACACUAUUAUGUUUAAUAUGACAACACCAAUAUAUCAGCCUCCUCUUUUGUUUAUGCUAUGAAUAGCUGCGUGCCAAACGAUAAUUGCGCUGGCUGUAGUAGUAAAAAAACGGAAGGCAUGUUUUUGUGUCUGCUUAUGGUGUCGUUUCAGCAACAGCUUAACCAUAGUGUACAAGAAAGUUUCGGCAUUCAGGUUUUUGAAGGCCAGCAUGGCACUCAGGCUUUCCUUGAAGCGGCGCACAUUUUAAGUUUAAAUGUGUUACCUUUUGCAGGAAUUCAGAUAUCGUGCUUUUAUCCAUGUGCAUAGUCCCACAACUUACCAUAACUAACUGGCCAAGCUUUGCAAUACUAUUUUGAUGGAGUUUGCAAUCUGUUUCAAGUUAUAGCUGUAAUAAAUCGAAUACAGUAGUAGUGGAGAACCACCAGCCACGGCAUCAUUUUAUUACUUUUGCCAAAGACACAUUGCAUUGCAUCUGUCAGGCAUGUUGGUUGUUGGUUUUCAGUGGCACACUUUUGGAGAAGACUGGCGUGGCAUUGGUGUGGUGCUGCCAGCACAUUGCGAAAACAGUUUGUAGCAGGACCCUUUGAUAUCCCUAUUCAGGGUCACAAAAACCUUCAAAAAUUUGUGGACAGGAAAAGUAUUUGGGGAAUUUAAUCUUCAGAUGUGUUUUAUUUUAGGUGUCUGAGUAAUGAACUGGUGCAGUGUAGAAGUUAAGCCAAGCCGAUUCACUUGAGUAGCUUUGCAGUAGUCUACUUCUGUUAAUUAGACUUGGACAGAACCCACGGAAUUGGUCGAAUUAUCCGGUGAGUCGAAUUGCCUAAAUGAGAUGCAGAAAGAACACCCAAUUCAUUUGGCAGGGUUUUCUCGAUUCCAACAUGCCCCUAAAUUAAAAGUGCAUCCAUUUUCUAUCUUUCCAAAAUAGAAAAAUGACACAGAAGUGACAUUAGAUCUAUGAAACAAAGUAGAAAUCUAAUGUGUUCGCAAUUUUUUAGCAAGAAAAAUCUAAAUGUGUCGCACAACAGCAGCUAUUUCCUAAAGUUAGCUUCGCCACAAUACAAUCGUGUUAUGCAACAAAGCAUACGAACACCGCGAAGGCAGUUUCGGUAGUAUGUCUGAUUGCAUUGCGUAAACAAUUUGUGGCCCAAUUUUCCGGAAAAAAAAAAGCAAGCCACAUGUUAGACUUCGGUAAAUACCGUGAUCAUACGUUGAGAGCUAUAGUUAUUUGAAAAUCUUCCUAUGGUAGGCUGGAAGGAGGCAUUUUUUAUGGGAGAGCUGACGAUAGUUCAACGCAUUUGCUGUCCACAUAGUUCCACCAAAAUGCUGCCACUAAAGGGUUCACGUUAAGGGUUAGCCGCGUGCAUGCUAACCGAUCAAGUUCAAAUUAAUGAAAUUGCGCCCAUGGACGGGCGUCAGCCAGGACCUUCGAGCAGGAUCGAAUUGACCAGAGUCGAAUUAAAGGAAGUGCACUUCAGUUUUCGAGCUGAGCCCUUCUUCAUUUGUGCUCAAUCAAAGAAGUUUGCUUGUUCUUGAAGACAAAACAUAAUGAUGCUUUAGUCCAUAAAUAUGCUUUUUCGGAGGCCUUGCAAAUCUUCAAGAAAUAUUUUUCACAAAAACUGCCAUGAACUGUAUGGAAGAUUCAGUUGCUUUGUGUAUUUCAGGAGGUUGUCAUUUGCUGUUCAGCAUUCCAUCUUUAUGGCUCAACCAGCACAUGUCACACUAUCUUGCUUCAUCAUUCUUCAAACUUAGAUCCUUAACCACCAAGACAGUUGUGCAUCUGAGCAGUGUUUAGCUUUCUGAGAACAUGCGACUGGACUAUGUAAUCGCCCUCUGUUCCAGCAGGGAUCCCAAGUUUGUUUUCGUGUGCUGCUACGUGAACCAUAUGGCCUCCAAUGUUGCUCUUCGUGGCGUGCAUGUGCAUUGUAACUGCUAAGGAAGCUGUGUCCUUUAGGCAAGUGAUGAUGAUGGGCAAGGUCUUGCAGUAAAUGUAGGCACGUUGGUAGAGAGUUUUUUAAGUUCGCACCUUGGCAAAAGUUGGUGGUAGCUGUGUUGCUUGUGAAAUGUGCUUGAAACAUGCUUGAAUGUGCUUGACUUGCUUGAAUUGCUUGAAAUGUGCUUUUCCACUGCUGGAAGCCAGUGACGUGUGCCAGGUGGAGCAAGUGUAGAGCUUUGUGUGUACGGUUCCAUUAUGUGUUAAACCACACGUUGCUUGUGCAGAAGUGCGCUGUGGCCGCAGGCUUAGCGGCCUGAAGUUGCGUAAUAGCUUUUGAUAGGCAGCAAUGGGCAGCCGCAUUGAAUUCAAUUUUCAGCAACAAAAGCAAUUUCGUUCCUUCGUUCGUUUCAUUUCUUGAAAUGCAAAUUGGUCCUUGUAAAAGUAUCCCACCUGAACACCAUAUAUUAUUGGUUGACAUCAGAGAGGAGCAAAAUGAUCCGCCUGCAUUGCCAUAAGGUUUUAUAAGGUCUGUGCUUUGUGUCUUGCUGCACCACUGCGGCUUCAGAAAUUUUUUUCUUGCGCUAACUCACUGUGGGUCUUUAAUGUGUAUAUAUUAAGUGUCUGUUGUGUAGCAUUUCAUGUUAGUGUGACUUGUGGCCCCAUCUUCCUUCUCUUAGUGUGGCUUAGCUUUUGGUCAGUUCAGCUGUUCACUGGUUGUUAGCUUGCCAUAGAUAUUUAUGGAAACAGGUCACCUUAUAUACCUUAGAGUGCUCCCGAAUUGAUUGCCUUGCGAGUGUGAACUACGUUUGUGGGCAUGGCUGUGCAUUUUUCAAGCUGAAGAUGUCCUAGUCUUUUCAACCCUGCUGUGUUUUGCAAGCAAAACACACUGUAGGUAAUCUUGUAUUGAGCUGAAUUGACGUUGAACUUGCAAGAGUCGUUACCCAAGUUGUGUGUUAAUCCUUGUCCCACACACAUGCUCUCCAGGCCAGCCUCUCCACCUUUCUCUUCAUUAAAAUUUACUCCUCCUUCUCCCACAGAACUUGUUGCGGCACUGCAGCAGCACAUAACAGCAGAGUUGAGGGGGCUUGGCCAAAACCAUACACCGUUUCGUACCGAGCAAGUGACGCUGCGGAGACUUCCCUAGUUGCUCGCAUUUUGUGACCGAAAAUAGUGUGCCACACAUAUAUGUAUAUGGGUGUGCACUGUCAUUUGAUUUAACAUUGACUACGACACUUUAAUGUUGCAAACAUGGCUUUAUUGUGGAAGGUGUCACAGAUGUGAAGCUGCUAGUGGAGUGAUGUUUCUGUGAUCAGCGGCCGCAGCUCGCGCCCGUGACUGAAGCAUAACCCAUUGCUUGCUUGAAGCACAAAGGUGUACAAAUAUGUGAUUGGACAUAACCUUACAUCCACAUGUUGUUGUAAUAUGCAAAAUAGAUUUGAAAGCGUUACAAAUCAAAAACAACCGCUGUGCGAAAUGGGCACCAGCAUACCUCCUGCAGCAUUGCCUGCCACAUGGCAGGCAACACUGCUGGUUGUAGUUCCUGCUUCUCCAGCCAGCUUCAAUGAGCAUUCCUUGGGAGUCUACAUGCAAAGCUUUGCUACUUCCUCAUCUUGUCACAUCGCUCUCUGUAGGUAUGUUCUGCUCUGGGCUUUCACACAUGCCGAUUUGCCAUUUUCGUUGCAUUGUUUGAUGUUCAGCUUUCUUUUCACAUGCUGGCUUUCCCAACUAAAUGUCACCACAAAUGAAAGAAUAACCGAGAACCUUAGGUAAACGGUGCCCACUGUAUGUUUAUGGCCGUCGUUCAUGCUAGUCAGGUAUCUUUCGUGUGCAGAUAAUUGUUUUCUUUAAUUAGCUAAGUUUUAAUUAUUGUAGCUUAUUUGUAAAGUGUAAUAAAAAUUUCAUUUCAGUGAAAACAGCGCUCUGAAAUGUGAGCAUUAGUGUCUAGUAUGCUGUGCAUCUUGCAUAUGUUCGAAGCAAGGGCUUCACAUUUGAUGACCAAGGAUGCAUGCUGAAGACUGCUGAUGCAUCUGGGAAAGAGCAUGGCUGCUCAUUCCUAGGGUCAUAAGCUAGGCCCAUAUUCGACGAGGUUUACAUUUGAGACCAUUAAAAACCAUAGCAUGUCGACACGUCGCAUGGUAUUUUUAUGAAUAUGUAUUGUGGUCUUUCUGUUUUUCGUUAGGGAAAAAAAACGCAUAUGAUCUCAAUUGCUUAAAUCCUGUUAUAGCUAAUUUUUCAACGUCUGCAUUAUGAAGUUUGGUGAUUAGUUAGAUAAGCGAACUUAAAAAGCUAAAUAACCUUAUUUGAUAAUUACUUGUGCAGAGCAGGAAAAAAAAAUAUAACUAAAGUGAGUGAUGCCCAUCACAUACAGUGAGUGCUGUUAGUAUGAAGCCCCCUGUUCUUAAUACUGUGAAAAAUUUAGUUUGCACAGCCAAUGUGGCUGCAACGCUGAUUUAAAUUCAAAAUUCACGUGAAAACAAGCUCCUGCCAUGUUAAACUGCCGAGUUUUUCCACAGCAGUUGAGAGGGUUGUAAACAUGGGGGUAUUGCUAGUGAUUAUGCAAUCUGUACAGUAAAGGUCACUGCAUGCUUUGCCAAUAAACAUAGCUUUGUACAGCAAGACUUGCUAAAGAACCAAUGAGCAAACUUGGAAUGGCCUUUGCCGUCUGCACAUUCAUAUGUCAUAGACUUACUUAGGCACGUUGUUAUCACCCUUGUGAUGCCAUGCAACACUUAAAUGCAGCUUCAUGUCACCUAAACCAGCGUUGGCAGGGCUGCCUUGCACAGAGUCAGUCCGUUCUGUAGGUCACUGACUUUCUUUUCUGGUGUGUCUACCUGAUAAUGCUAUCACUUCUCAUUUACCAAGUCCUGCAUGCCUUUGUUGGUUGACUCUGUGUGGCUUCAAAUUAUUAUUGUGACAUUUCUCGUCAUCUCAGGCAUGUGUUGUUCCAUUUUUAAGGCCUGUUGGAUAUUUCUUCUCGUCAUUCACUGCCAGCAGCAUAUGCCAUACAUGGGUGUGGUCCACACUGUGCGAUUUCUUUUCCUUGAUUUCUUUCCUCUGUUGUCGCCAGUUUGGUAUUUCUGGUCCCUCGUCAUAUUUAAUGACAAUAGUUUAUCUGUGUAAUGACACAAGUUACAAAUGUGCUGUCUUGCUCUGUCAUAUUUUUGUUAUUGCCAGCACUCCUGCUGGUGCAUGAUCUCGUAAGCAGUCUUGCUUCGAUUGAAUACUUCACUUUUUGCCUUGGUGGAGGCACUGUAACACGCUCACUUUCCUUAUGUACAACCGUGAUACUGCAACAUUCAGUCGCAUCAGCCCUUCUUGCUGAUGGCGUGGCCUGUAUGAUAGCAUCCUUCCCACUUCGUAGCUGAACUUAAAACAGGGCUGCCAUACCAGUUUUGGCAUUUUGCGGACUGCGUUUUUAUCAUACCAACUUGACACCUUUGCCUCAACUAUUAUUCAACUUCUGGUGGCAUAUGCCAUUGGUUGCAGUUCCAGACUGCUUUUUUUUAAAUGAUAUAUUUGCCGCAUAGUUUUAAAACCUCUUCAAUUAAUCAUUGCCCAUUAUUUUCGUAUUGAAAAGUUGUAAGAAAAAAUUUUGGUGGUUUUAAUGCUAGGCCAUGUGUGCAUGCACAUUUUGCAUGGAAGAUUUGCUACAGCUGUGUAGAGAGGUAGUGGUGGUUGAGCCAUAGCCUUUUAUUCAGGUGUGGCAUGUCCUUGCUGUUAUCAGCCCAGUUGAUAGGGAAAGUCCCAAUCAAGUUUUACAUGUUUGAAAGCCAGGCCUGGUCUGUUGCUGCUCAAAAGUUAAAGGCUGAUUCACUUCAAUCUUGGGGUGUGCCUGCAUUAUGCAAUUUUCCUAGUCUGGAAAGGUGCACUUCAUUACCUGCAUUGGUCUGCUCUCAAACAUGACCUCAGCUAGCCGCAAUAGAGACAGCUUAAUGUAAAGGUUGCCUUCAGUUUUUGCUUCUGUCUACUACAGCUGGUGUGUCAUGGCUAGCUUAUGCUGACUCGCCGCUUCUGCUAGGCUCUUCCACCCACCAGUGUAUGUGCUUUUGUGAAGAGGCACCUUUGCUCGCCUGUUGCAUUUCCUUGUGUUUUUCUUUCGUUUCUUUUUGUUUUCUCUCACCUGUGCUGCCAAGACCUUUGGGAAUCUUUGGGCCAUCAUGUUCACAGUGCAUGUUUAUGGAACUGUCUCAAGAGUUGUCACAUGACAAGCCCAGUUGAAGUUGCCGUGUAUAAAGAAAGGAACGUUAUUAUAAUGACACCUUUGUAUAUGUGUAAACAAUUGUAAUUCACAAGUCUGCAAUGAAAUGAAACUGUUGUUCUUGUACAA